AUGUCGGGCCACUGGACUGUCGAGAAGAAUGCUUCUGGCCCAGUGGCCCGCUACGAACAUGUCGCAGCCUGGGAUGCGGGCCCGGAAAUGGGUCAUAGACUUCUUUGGCUACACGGAGGAUGGGAUGGUCAGAGAGCUUUCAGAGACCUCUGGAAGUUUGACGUGCGAAGUCGAGCAUGGAACUUGGUCAGCAGCGGUAGCGCAGGACCAAGUGAACGCUGGGCACACGUUUGCGCCUGGGACCCGAAGACACGACAACUCUGGGUGCACGGUGGAUGGAAUUCCAGAAGUAACCUCCAGGACCUCUGGAUGUUCCAUGCCGCCACCGAGCGCUGGUUGCACCUCAGUUUGGAUGUCAGUCCUACGGCACGUGACCCGCCGGCAGGUCAUGAUCACGUUGCGGCCUUCGAUGACACCGGUCGAAGCCUGUUGAUUCACGGCGGUGACGCGGCGCUGAAUGGGCCGGGAUGUUGGGACGGCUUUCGCGUCUUUCGCGACCUUUGGACCUUUGACGUCGACGCUCAGCGCUGGAGCCUCCUUGACACGGGGAACAGUGGGCCCUCGGCCCGCCACGACCACGUGGCUGUUUUUGAUCCAACAAAGAGGCGGUUGUGGAUUCAUGGUGGCGGAGUCAUUUCGGAGGAAGGUUUCAACGAUCUCUGGACCUUUGAUGUUCCAAGACUCCAAUGGUCCCAAGUGGCCAGCGGCAGUGGUCCCUCCCGCUGUUGGGGACAUGUGGCGGCAUGGGACGGUACCUUGGCCGGGUUGGACCAAGAGGGCAGCCAUGGAGAAGUUUGGGUCCACGGCGGCUGGUCGAGCGGUGAGCUCUGGAAAUUCAACGUGGCGAACAAUCACUGGAGCCUGCAGGGACGAAGCCCUACACAGAUGUGGGAGCAUGCCACCCCGAUCCUAUGGCUGCAUGGCGGCCGAAACCUGGGGGGCGUCUCCUCGGCGGAGUUGUGGCAAUUUCAAUCGCUAGAAGUGGAGAGCUGUUCUCUUGGAAUGCCAUCUCCUCUUUGCGAACAGGUUCUCUGCCUGAUGCUGGUGGCCUUGAUCAGCUCCUGUGUGACGGAUCGCAUGCUGUGGCAGCGCCUCAGAACUGCACAGCUGGAUGGACGGUGGGCGCCGCCGAAGGACGGAUCCAAGACGAAGCGCAGCACAGCCGAGGUCCAGGUGGGUUUCCUUGGCUUCGUGGCGCACAGCGCUCACCAGAUCUUAGGGCACGUGCAGGCGGCGCAGCUGCGUGUUUUGCCAGCUGACUUGCAGAAGGUCAUUGACUAUGUCCCUUGGCUGUUUCGAUGGUCCCAAUGGUGGAAGUGGUGA